AUGAUUCGCAAACAAGCCAGGCAAAGGCGAGACUAUCUCUACCGAAAAGCAGUUCUUCUGCGCGAUGCCGAAGUUUCAGAGAAGAGGGCGAAGCUGAGAGCUGCCUUGGCUUCGGGCAAGCCGCUGGAUCCAGAACUCGCCAAAGAUACCCAACUGCGCAAAGACUACGACUACGAUGCGUCGCGCGACGUCGCCGAGGAUGAUUCUCUCGAUAUCGAUGAUGAAUACUCCGAGCUUUCAGGUGUCGUUGACCCUCGCAUUCUUGUGACUACUUCUCGAGACCCCAGCUCGAGACUCAUGUCCUUCAGCAAGGAAAUCCGAUUACUAUUUCCCACGGGCAUCAGACUGAAUCGUGGUAAUUUGGUGCUGCCAGAACUGGUCCGCUCAGCGCAAGCCGAGAAGCUCAGUGAUGUGAUUUUGCUGCACGAACAUCGUGGUACACCCACGGCCAUGACCAUCAGCCAUUUCCCCCACGGCCCGACAUUGAUGGCUUCCCUUCACAAUGUUGUACUCAGAGCCGAUAUUCCAAGGUCGAUCAAGGGAACGGUAUCAGAAUCCUACCCGCACCUCAUUUUCGACGGCUUUACAACAAAACUGGGUCUGAGAAUUGUCAAGAUCCUGAAGCAUUUGUUCCCGCCACGAGACGUUACUGCCAGCAAAGCCGCAGGCAACAGAGUUAUUACUUUCGUGAACCAAGACGACUGCAUCGAGGUCCGUCAUCACGUGUAUGUGAGGACAAGUUACGACUCAGUCGAACUUUCCGAGGUUGGCCCACGGUUCACUAUGCGACCAUUCUCCAUCACCAUGGGAACACUCGAGAACAAGGAUGCCGAUAGCGAAUGGCACCUAAGCCAGUAUACUCGCACCAGCAGAAAGAAGAACUACUUCUGA